UUUGUUGGAUAAUACUCCGUAAUUAAUAACUUCUUAGAAAGAGAAAACCAAAGCACCUAACAACUUUCACUCGUAUGAAUUAAUUCAGGGCGCGUGGAGUCCGGGAUUUUGUUUCCCACCUCAAAACAAACUUACAAACGGAAACAGCUUCUCUCUGAAUUGGAUUGGGUGAUAUACCCGCUUUUGGCAAUCAGUAUACUGAUGAAAUACUCCUUUUUUUUUCAUAUCAAUCCACCGCUUUCAGGUGAAGCUACCCAUUCCAACCCUAGCAAACUUGCCGGAAAUUUCGUCUCUCCCAAGAUUUGAAGGAUGGGUCAAUCAUUUGGAUGCCUUAUAGUGGAUCAGUCAACCGCAGUUGUGAAGGAGCACUUUGGCAAAUUUGAUUCAGUGAUGGAGCCUGGGUGUCAUUGUGUUCCUUGGUGUUUCGGUUACAAGGCUGCUGGUACUCUUUCUCUGCGUGUCCAACAGAUUGAUGUUCGUUGUGAAACUAAAACAAAGGACAAUGUGUUUGUGACUGUGGUGGCAUCCAUUCAAUACCGAGCUUUGGCUGAGAAAGCUUCUGAUGCUUUUUACAAGCUUUCAAACACAAAGUCACAGAUCCAAUCCUACGUCUUUGAUGUGAUAAGGGCCAGUGUUCCAAGAUUGACCUUGGAUGCUGCAUUUGAACAGAAGAAUGAUAUAGCAAAAGCAGUAGAGGGAGAACUGGAAAAGGCGAUGUCUGCAUAUGGCUUUGAGAUUGUCCAGACCCUCAUUGUGGAUAUAGAACCUGAUACUCAUGUGAAAAGGGCUAUGAAUGAGAUAAAUGCUGCUGCAAGGCUUAGGGUUGCUGCAAACGAAAAGGCAGAAGCCGAGAAGAUACUUCAGAUCAAGAAAGCCGAGGGGGAAGCAGAGUCCAAGUACCUGUCGGGACUUGGCAUUGCACGUCAACGCCAGGCCAUUGUUGAUGGACUAAGGGACAGCGUGCUUGCCUUCUCGGAGAAUGUUCCGGGGACAACAGCAAAAGACAUAAUGGACAUGGUUCUGGUGACUCAGUAUUUUGACACGAUGAAGGAGAUUGGUGCUAGCUCAAAGUCCACCUCUGUCUUCAUCCCACACGGUCCUGGUGCUGUGAAAGACAUCGCGUCACAGAUUCGUGAGGGUCUUCUUCAGGGCAGUAGCAUUAAACCUUGAGGGUUUGACGGGAGGACUUCUUGUCCAAAAGUUCUAGUAUCGUCAUUAUUAUAUUUAUUAGGCGCUUAUUACUACUUAUAGUUAUCAGUUAGUUUGACAUUGAAACCUGCUAUCAUUUUAUUUGGAUUCCGAACAUUAAAAUUGUUUCCACAGCACACUAUUUCAUCCAAAAUUUUAAAAAAGGCAUCCACAGCACAUUAAAAUUG